AUGUUGCACCUGGCCAUCUUCUCCAUUCUCCUCAGAUGCUGUGAGUGCAGUGCCUCCCUGUCCCACUGGUACUAUGAGAAGGAGGGACGGCUCUUCUGCAAGAAGGAUUACUGGGCCAAGUUCGGAGAGCUGUGCCAUGGAUGCAAUGACCCCAUCACCACCGGACUGAUCAUGGUCGCAGGGGAACAGAAGUACCAUCCAGAAUGCUUCACCUGUCUGAACUGCAGAGCCUUCAUUGGAGACGGAGACACCUAUGCACUGGUGGAGAGGUCCAAACUAUACUGUGGCCUCUGUUACUACCGGACCAUCGUGACGCCGGUGUCCCUGCCAGACUCACCAUGCGCCAGGAUUCCCCACACGGUGACCCUGGUGUCCAUCCCAGCCUCCAAAGACGGGCGGAGAGGGAUCUCAGUCGCCAUCAACCAGCCUGUCAGCCCCAACGGCUACGGCCCCGAACGCACUGUCAGGGUAUCACAGGUGGACUCUGAGUUGAUCAGUCCAGAUGUGAAGAACUCCAUACAUGUCGGAGACCGGAUCCUGGAGAUCAACGGAACACCCAUCAGGAAUGUUCCUCUCGAUGAGAUUGACCUGCUCAUCCAGGAGACCAGUCGUCUGCUCCAGCUGACCAUAGAGCACGACCCCCACGACCAGGGGGGUUUAGAGGGUGAGACAGUGGGCGGACCCCUGACCACCCCCCUGUCUGACGGUCCAAGCCCCAUCCUCCCCAUCACUCAGCCCCCACACCCAGAUAUCAACAACCUGCGCUCACGCAUGAUCACGCGAAGCUACAGUAUUGAUAAGUCUCCGUGCUCCAGUAACGCAGCGUCCCCUCUCUCUCAGAGGAAGGACUUUAACCGCUCCGAGUCACUGCGGGUUGUCUCCAACAGUCGAAUGCACCGGAUCUUCCGGCCCUCAGACCUCAUCCAUGGAGAGGUGCUCGGAAAAGGCUGCUUUGGACAGGCCAUCAAGGUGACCCACAGAGAGACAGGGGAGGUGAUGGUGAUGAAGGAGUUGAUUCGUUUUGAUGACGAGACACAGAUGACAUUCCUAAAAGAGGUGAAGGUGAUGCGUUGUCUGGAGCACCCGAACGUGCUGAAGUUCAUCGGUGUCCUCUACAAAGAUAAGAGACUCAACUUCAUCGCAGAGUACAUCAAAGGAGGAACCCUGAGGGAGAUAAUCAAGAAAAUGGACACCAACUACCCAUGGAACCAGAGAGUGAGCUUUGCUAAAGACAUCGCUGCAGGAAUGUCAUAUCUGCAUUCCAUGAACAUAAUCCACCGCGACCUGAACUCAUACAACUGUCUUGUCAGAGAGAAUAACAGUGUGGUGGUGGCAGACUUUGGGCUGGCUCGGCUGAUGGUGGAAGACAAGAUCCAGGACAAGAGUCUCCUGCAGAAGAAACCUGACCGCAGGAAGAGAUACACUGUAGUGGGCAACCCCUACUGGAUGGCCCCGGAGAUGAUCCACGGGAAAAGCUAUGAUGAAAAGGUGGACAUCUUUUCCUUCGGGAUCAUGCUUUGUGAGAUCAUUGGUAGGGUGAAUGCAGACCCAGACUACUUGCCCAGGGCCCAUGACUUUGGGCUGAAUGUGACAGGCUUCUUAGAGCACUUCUGUCCUCCAGACUGUCCCCCAGCCUUCUUCCCUAUGGCUGCCCUCUGCUGUGACCUGGAUGCUGAGAAACGCCCCGCCUUCACCAAGUUGGAGGGGUGGCUGGAGAACCUGAAGAUGCACCUGGAGAUCCGCCUGCCGGUGGUGUCCGAGCUCGACACGCUACACAAAGCGUUCUGGGGAAACCACACCGCCCCCACCAUGGCUUGCACCGCCAUGCGGUCCGAGAACGGCCUGCCCCCACACCCCGAGACUCCGGAGUAGAAGGGAUCUGUAACAGAGUGGAAUGCUGCUGGUCUCAGCCCAUGAGAGUGGGCAGAGAGAGGGGGUUAUGGUGGUCAUUGAGGAGGGUAGUAGAGCCUCUGGCAAUGGAGUAGUUGCAUUGCAUUGUCCAGGGAGGGGUGAGGCAGGAGCUCUGUACAUACCUCCUCAUGCCACAGCAGUCAGUGGUCAUAUAGGCUAACAGUGGGCUGUUGAUAGGCUGUAUAGACUCAGGGGGAACCGAGGAAGGUAAAAGCCAGCCUUGCCUAAAGGCACUCACUCAUUCAACUCCAACCAAGAGAGACUCACUCAGACUACCAUUACCACUACCAUAGCUUCAGUCUCAUGAUUGCUGUACCUUAACUGAAUGUCAGGCUGGUAACUGCUAGCUAGCAGUAUCAGUCAAUCCCAGCUGUGAAAUCAUCCAUCUUAACACUCAUGUCAUCUUUAUCUUAUUGAGAUGGUGUUCAAGCAUUUUCAGAUCUCUUUCAGUCUCUUAAAAAAAAAAGAAGAUGCUUCAGCCUCAUUGGUAGGUGUCCCUCCUCCAGAGUAUUUGUACAAUAUCAUGUGUUUGAAAAGUAUUCCUCUGUGUGACUUUGGUUUGAUUUAAUUUGAUGAUAUCAAAACCACUUUUUGAAAUGCUAAAGGAAGGGGCCUUUUAUGUGGAUAAUACGAAACACAUAAGUUGAGAUACACAAUCCAGAUGUACAAUAUAAUCGAGCAAAGGCUUUUGAGCAUAAACAAAAAGCUUUUUAAACACUGCAUGACUGUAAAUAGCCCUGUCUGUGUCCAGUAAGCCUUGUCUGUUGUCUCCUCCUCUCCCCCUCUACUGGUGACAUGUGUGUCCCAAAUGGCAUCCUAUUCCCUUUAUAGUGCACUGCUUAAGACCAGUUCCUAAAGUGUAUUACCAAAGUAGUGCACUAUACGGUGCCAUUUGGGAUGCAUUCUGAAAGUGAUGCCCCUGGUAGUGUAGAACACAUGGUCCAUGAAUGACUGUUCCUUCUCUCACUGUGCAGCACUGACUUGACUUUGAGGUAAACUUCUUUCAUACCUUUCGUACAUUUUUCCAUUUCAUAUGAGUUUAUUACUCUCUUUUUCCUUCUCGUUCACGUCGAGGUGAAAUCUUAUGUAUUCAAACUCAACCCACCCAAUGUAUAUAGCCGGUGAUAAUAUCAUAUUGUAAAUGUUUUAAAUAUUCUAAAUGUACAGACAUAUUUUGUAUACUUAUAAUGUAUGCUACAUUGCCAUAUUUUUAUUGGGCUACCUGUUGAAAUGAAGGAGAAUAAGAAAAGUCAGGCAGUGGUAGCUGAUAUGGAGCAGAUAACUUUCGACAGGGAUGAUGACUUCCUGCCUCGGGUUGCCAUGGUGACAGACAGUGGUAGGGGGCUUUUAGGAAGUUAAUGCGAAGUAAGAGAGCAUCUUAGGGUCCUAGCUCACUCCUACCGACCAUCACUGUAAGUGUAAGCAUUCUCACAAGAUGUGUCCCAUUUACUCCCGUCGUCUCCUCUCUGCAUAUCAAGUUAUUUUGUUUACAUCAGCCUUUGAUCUGGUCUAGACUCCAGAGAGUGCCCUGACUAUGACCUUGGAUAUAACUACUCUGUGGGUAUCGCCUCAAUUGAAUGCAAUCAUAACAAGAGAAUCAACACAGUCACAAAAUUAAGGUUAUGUAGUUUGGCAUUAUAUGCCAAGCCACAUUUACCGUUUAUUGUUCUCAAAAGAAAUUGAGGAUAAUUUGUUAGUUGUUACUAUAGAGCUCUUUAGUCAUCCAUAGCAGGGUGGAUGUGUUGUGGAAGUUGGAGACAGCCAGACAGUCACAUCAUAGUGUCUCUCUGACCACAAGCCUCUCUCAGUCCUACAGUACAUGGAGACAAACUUAGUCACAAUACAAGUCUCCUCUACAUGGAACUCCCUAUGGGAGGCCCUCUGUUUACACACAAACUGCUAGCUGUAAAUAAUAUCUAUAUUGUAUGUCUGUCGUUAUGCAUCUCAUACUACACUCUCUUGAAAAUAAUCUCUUUCACUGUAUGUGAAUCUUUCUCUUGAACACAUUGUCACUCUCAUUCUCUCACGCGUGUUCUUUUUCCAUCAAACAUUUUCUCUAUUCCCUCUUUUCCUAUUUGAAGAUGAGCUGCAUGGUGUACUUGCUAUUGCGAUCACUUCUGCUGUAAAACCAAGCUAUUCUUUUCAUUUUAAAGCUAAAAUUGUGAUUGAAAGGAAAAAAAGGAAAGAAAGAAAGAGUCAGGAAAGAGUGUACAGACAGAGACAGGAAAGAGUGUACAGACAGAGACAG